AUGGCAAAAAUUUAUGCCACUAUUAAAGCUAAACUUAAGAAAAAAAGCAAUACAGCAGUCAUUCCUGAAGCUGUGAGAAUAAAUGCAUCUGAAUUAACAGUAAUUCCCGAAUCAACAAGAAUAAAUGUGCCUGAAUUUGGGGAUUUUCAAAUAAGAGUGUCACAAACGGAAUUAUUAGCUUUAAGGAACUCAGCAUAUAAUUCGAAUGACACAAUAUUAAGUCAAAAAGAUGAGCAGAAAGUUAGUGAUUUAGACCAUAUCUAA